AUGACUGUUUCAUUCUCCAAUCCUUUACCAGUAAGACACAACUUGAACUCUUGCCUCUUACCACUGAUUGCUGAUGAAUCGCUCCUUCUCAAGGCCUGUCAAUGCAAUGACCCCCAUGCAGGCCAUGACCACACUCCAAUCAAAGCUUUGGGAGGUGUACACAUCUUCUGUUUCAACAUCUUUGAGGAGGAAUUGGAGGCUGCAUACUCUUUACUUGACAAAGAGGAACAGAGAAGGGCAAUGAGAGUAACAUACAGCGAUGAUUUUAAUUUUAUUGUCAGAUUUGUACCAAGUGCCAUGCAUAAUGUGGCAUCUGCUGUUUGGACCCAGCAGGUCACUAUUGCUCUUCUGGCUCUGAUUCCUAAUGGGCUUGGUCUAUGGGGUCCUCUGGGGUGUAUGCCCAUUGGAAGAACAGGCUAUCAGCUUGGAAGGAGACAGAAGCAAGCAGAUGCUGGUUUUGAGCCAACAAACUCAGACCGUCCCAGCAUUGUCCUUGAAGUUGGCUGUUCAGAAAGCUUGAGACAGCUGAAGAUUGAUGCUAGGCUGUGGUUAGAACAUUUGCCAGAUGUGCAACUUGUUAUCCUAUUAUCAAUUGACCCUCCUGCUCCUCCCCACCCAACUCCAGAGAUAUCUAUUGAAUUAUGGCAAGGUGUCCCCUCAGGCUCGCAAACUGAUUCAAGAAGGGUUGCUCAGAUGGUUUGGGAUGCUGACUGGACUCAUCACACCGAUCAAUUCUAUAUCCUACUUGCGGACAUAUUCAGAGGACAGGUGCCUCCUGAUUAUGGUGCAAAUGAUCGCAUUUUUUUGAAUCCAGCAGCAUGGCGGCAGGCAAUUAUUGCAGCUUAUCGGUAA